AUGACACGUAAUAACCAGAAGUCCGAACCAGCUCCCUUACCAACCGCAGCUAAUAUUGAAGAUCAUUUGCCUGGAUUACCUGACCUGUCACUUUUUCGAGAUGAUGAAAAACAGCAUAUUCUCAAUGUUUUAUUACGUGAUGAAAAUCUUCGAAAUCAACAUCUAAAACGUUUUGUGCAAUUAAAACAAGAAGUAGCAAGUCUUAGAGAAAAAUCACAAACAAAAUCAAGCUCUAUGUGUGCUCGAUGUUUAACGCCGUUUGGUUACAUAUUUAACACAGGUGAUACAUGUCCGAAGUGUGCUGCAAAAGUUUGUAAACAAUGUCGACUCAUCUAUAAUUUAAAUGACAAUACUUGGUUAUGUCAGUUAUGUUGUAAACAGAUGCAAUUGAUGAGUUAUUCAGGCGAAUGGAUAUAUUUACUACAAAUAUUUACCAAUAGUACAAGUCAUUCACCAGGAGGUUCACAUAAAUCAUUUCAACUAUUUAGUUCUACACAAAAUUUAAAUGCUGUAUCAAGUUCGGAUUCUGAACCUGAAGAUCUUCUUUCAAAAACACACCACCAUAGUCGAUUUAAUCCUCAGAUAGUUGAAUCAUCAGAAACGAGAUCAAAUGAUCCAACUGCUAGAGUGAUGGUUCAAAAGAAAUAUGAUGAGCAAAGACUAGCUUAUAUUAAACACCGUGUUGAAAAACGACCGAAGAAUGCAUCAGCUACACAACCAUUACCUAGAAAAGCUCAUCGACACCCUCUAAGUCCUGACACACGAAAUAGUUCAUCAGAUGAAGGGAAUACUUCAGUGAAUCAAUCGAAAAAUCAUCUAAAUCGUAAUUUAGGCAAAGGCAAACCAUCACUGUUAAAUAGCAAAGAUAUAUUAAAAGCAAACUCAAAUCAAAGUCUAAAAACAAGUCGAAAUGAAAUCGACAACAAAUCGAUACAAUCGUCUCAAUUAAUUACUCGUGUUAGAAAAGCCGACAAAGAUAAACUAAAAGUACCACGACGUCAGCAAUCACUUAAUCGUGGCUCCUUAUUAAGCUUAGUAUCAAAAACGUCUGAAAAAUCAUCUAGUAAAAGUAUCAGUGCCUCCAUGCAAAGUUUACGCAAUGCUGUUCAUCGUAUUUCACAUUCAAAAGUAUUAUCGGGGUCACCUAGUUCGAUACAUUCGGCAAAAGAAGUAAAACCUGACUUGCUUACUAGUUCAACCUUGAAUUAUGAAGAUGCAGUAUCAUUACAAGUGCCUGAUAUUCAUAGUAGAUCGAUUGAAAAACUGUCGCCAUUAACACAAUCGAACAUGCCAAGUUUCUAUCCAUCCACAAGACAUCGUACACUGAUUACUAAACAACUUUCGAACCAUGAUGAUGAUGAUCCUGAUUCGAUUUAUAAAGAAACAUUUAUCAUAGAAAUAUUUCAACAUUGGAAAGCGAAAGCAUUAGAACAUCAACAUUCAAUAGAUAAUCCUGAAAAUCUUCCUGCAGCAAACCAUUUCACUCAAGCACUUGCAAGUGAAAUUUCAUCAACGGAAACACCAACUACCCAGCUGGUACCUUGUGAAUCCACUUCAAAUAACAAUAAAAAUGAACCACCAAAUGUUAUUCAAUCACAAACAUCGACAGUAGCCAUAAAAAAGCGUACAUCACCAUUACCAACAUCAAAUACACGUCGAAAAAUUCCCACAGAAAAGAAUAUUAUUCCAUGUACCGAAGUUGUCAAUCCAAAUUUACUCGGACCCUCUCCUAAAAAUAAACAUGGAGCAACAAAUGCAACAGUAACAGCAGCUACAACAAAAAAACCUCUUAAAGCCUCAACUAUAUUUAUAGAACCAAAAAAGACACAACCAUCACUUCCACCACGUUUAUUUAGUUCCUUUCCCCUCGAUGAAUCUAAUCAAACAAAACGAAAGGCUACUGUGGAAAAACAACAUUCAUUUGACGACGCUCAAAUUUUCCAUUCGACUUCUCCUACUUGGACACCAAAGUCACAUAUAAUGCCAACGCGUUCUUAUGCACAUUCACUAUAUGAUGAUGAAACAUCAAGUGACGAAAGUAAUCAUGAAAGCUUGUUAAUACGAAAUAAAAGAUAUUUAAAAAGAACACCCAGCAUCCAAGAAAAACAUACACCAUUUGAUGCUUCUAAUCUGGUUAUACCAAGCGCUAUAUACAUAAUUGAUCCGGAUGGAAAUUCACAACCAUUCGAUUUGCAUGAUGAUGCCGUGGAAGAAUAUUUUCGUACGGGAAGAAUUGUGGAACAUGAUUCUGUUGCAACAAGUAAAUACUUUUCAAAUCUGAAUAGCGUGCCUACUUAUUCUUCUGUGUUGGUAAUUGCUAAAACUCCAUCAGUAGAAGAGAUUAAUUCUAAUAGGCAUGUUUUACACAGUAUUGGCGAAGAAGUAGAAGAAGAAGAAUUAGUUAACAAAUUUAGUCGUAGUGGCAGUAUUUUAUCAAGACAACUUAAUCGAAUUGAAGCUUCUGUAAAAUCGCAAAAAAUGAAAUUCAAUACACGUAAAACAGGCACGAAUUCGAAUCAAACUGAAAAUAAUCCAAUACUAUUACCAAGACGUUGGAGUGAUUCUGUUGUUAGUGAUGAAGAUGAUGAAUAUUUACGAUUACCACAACGCGCGCUUCCUAAACCAUCUAGUGCAUCAUCUGUUACGAAACAAACAGUAACUUCAUCACCUAAACUAUCUAUUGGUAAAUAUAUUCUUAAGAAGCUGCAUUUGAUACCAUCAACAUCAAUGAAUGAUAAUUCAAAUGCGUAUUCACCAACGACCAAGCCACCGCGAUUCAAGCGUACUUUUUUUCUUUUAUCUUAUUUACAACUAAAUUUUUACUUGCUCAUCCUUGAAUUAUUUCAAUAUUUAGAUUCUCGUACGAAUCUUCAAACACCACAAUCAUCUGUAGAUGAACCGAAGCCGGCAGCGACGGUUAGUCGUCAGAGUUCAGUGAAUGAGUUUGUUUUAACAAGCACAACUAAACAACAGUCUACACCAAGUCUUACAAAUAAAGAUGAAUCGCAUCAAGUACAGAGUCUUAAAAGCACAGUUAAGCCACAACCAAAACAAAGUUUUACGAAUACCUUCGAACCACAGCAAAAGGCAAGUCUUCAAAGCACAACUGAACCAUCACGAACAUCAAAUUUUACAAAUAAAAUGGAGCUGCAGCAAACACCACGUCUUAAAAACUCAGCUGAACUGCAUCAAAGGACAAGUCUUAGAAGCACAGCUGAAUCACCACAAACAACAAAUCUUACGAACACAACUGAGCCAAGCCAAACAUUCAGCCUUACAAAUAACACUGACCUGCAACAAAGGACAAGUCUUAGAAGCACAGCUGAACCACCACAAACACCUGAUCUUAUAAACACAGCUAGACUACAACAAACAUCAAGUCUUACCGAUACAAAAGAUAGUAUUGGAAAAGCAAAUAAUGAAAACAAAGCAGCAAGUAUUGAAAAUCAGAUCACAACUGCUGAUCAUGAUAGAGCGGAUGUUCGAGUUGAAAAAAAGAAAUUGGGUUUAUCUAAAAUUAAAUCUUCUUUAACCGAUCUUUAUACUUCACAAUCCAGUCUAAAUAGUGCAUUUGGUGACACAAAAUCUCACUAUAGUCUUGAUAUAUCUGGCACCAUAGAAUUAAAACUUCGUUAUAAUAUGAAUAAAGGCGCAUUAGAUGUGUUCAUUAAAAAAUGUACGGAUUUAGCUCGUGUCAAACGAAAUCAAGCACCAAAUCCAUAUUGUAAACUUUAUUUACUACCCGAUAAUUCGAAGACUAGCAAACAGAAAACAACUGUUAAAAAGGACACAAUAGAACCUGAGUACGACGAAGUAUUUUAUUAUCAAUUAAAUAAUGAAGAUUUUAACUCACGUAUAUUAUGGAUCUCAGUUUGGAGUCACGCAUCACUCGGGUCAAAUUAUUUUCUCGGUGAAAUACAUAUUCCAUUCAACAAUUGUAUUCUUGAUAGAUUUGAAGAAUAUACACUUCUAGCUCGAAUGUCUAAAGAUAGUUUACCACAAACGAUUUCACAAACGGAUGACUCCAACGAAUUGAGUUUUGAUUUAACUUUUAUUACAAAUUCAAUGAACAUAGAAAUAGGAACUUUACAAAUCAAUGCUAUUCAAGGCAAAAAUGUUAAGUAUGGAAAACAUAGUGACAUCAUAUGCAAAGGUGUAUUGAUGCCUGGUGUCAUCAAACGAAAAUUAGCCAUCUCACGUAAAGGACCAUCACCGAAAUGGGAUAUUCCAUUACGAUGGGAAAAUUUAUCACGGAAUAAUUUGAAAAAUAUAUCUAUUGAAAUAAGUUUAUGGCGUCAAGAACGUUUUCGAAAAACAAUGAUGAGUUUUGUUAGACUUACUGCAACUCACGUACAAUUUGAUGAUAAAUUUUCUAAAUCGUUCGAUAGUACGGACGCAGAAAAAUUUGCUUGGGAUUUAUUUCUGCAAAAGCCGACUCAAACACAUCAUAUUCAACUUCCAUUACGACCAGCAACUAAUUGA